AUGGCUUCAUCAAUGGUAUUUUAUACAUCUGUUGCUUUACUUUGUCUUUUAAUAAUUACUCCUGUAUCAACUGCUGAUCUAUGCAAAUGGUAUGGUAUUGCUCCAUUUUGUUUUAUUGGUAAUUCAUGUCCUGAUGGAUGCUUUAAAACAUUAGAAAGUAACAAAGGUGAUGGUUUUCCAUGUUGGUUUUCAGUUAAAAAACAUUGUUGUUGUCCAAAACGAGCACUUGAUUCAAUAAUCAAUAAACUUGUAUCAAGCGAUAAAAAAUAA